UCACCAUACUCUGCUUUCUCAUCUUCCUCAGGGACACUCUUGCCUUUGGGUCUGUAGAUACCUGGCUUGGGAAGAAUGGGACUCUGACUCCAAACCAGCCAUGCACCUGUGAGGCUUGGCUACCAGAUACAAUAUUCCCCAUGGGGGAGCUGGAGCUGCUGGAAAGGUCCUCAGUGCAGAUCACUCACAAGUUAGAGCUUGAGAUCAUCAAGAUUGAGAUAUUUGAGAGUAAGCUUACGAUUUACAUGGAGAAGAUUGUGAAUCUCACAGCUCUGGUUGGGAUCAUGGAGCAUGACCCUGAUUCUUAUACUGAGAUCCAAAUACAGGAAGUGAAGAUUCAGAUAAAGCAAAUAGAAGCUCUAAUUGUGGAGCUUCAGACAUCCAUUGAGGUUUCUUCUACAGUACUUGUCAGCAUUCGCAAAGAGGUCACUGCCAUGAUUGUUAUCUUGACUCAACUGGAGAUGACCUAUGACAAGAACUUGGUACUGUUGACACGGAGAGAAUACAUCAAGCUUCAGCAGAAACUGGAGGAAUGUGAGAGGCGCCACAAUGAGAUCUUUAAUCCCAGCAUCGGUUCUUGUGAGCACGGUUUCAUAUCAAGACUCAGUAAACCAUUGAUUAGCCACCUGAACGCACAUCUGAAUGCAGGUCACAAAUAUGGAGGAUGGGGCAAAGAUUCAAACCCUGUGUCUGGCUCUGAAAAUAUGUACUGGUACUCAGGUUUUUCUAAUACUCUGGUUAGCCAAGUUAAUAUUUAUGCAGACUACUACAGAUUAAUCAUGAGACAGCCAAUGAAAACCCAUGAGCUUUAUACCAGUCGUGACUGGAGAGGUCUUGGUAAUAACUACAUUGUGCGUGGUAACACCCUGUACUAUCAGUUCAGAGAACCUUUCAGCAUGGGCAAAUACAACAUGACCAGUCAGAGUGCAGAGUACAGGGUGGUACCAAGCGCCAGUAACAGAUUCUCUUACUUUUAUUCAGGAAACCAAAACCUAGAUUUUGCAGCUGAUGAAAAUGGGUUGUGGGUUACAUAUGCUACAGACGAAUCGAAGGGCAAAAUGAGUCUGGGAAAGAUAGAUGAGGCAGCAUUUGCUUUAAAGGAAGUUUAUGAAAUGAAUAUCUACAAACCAUCAGUAGGCAAUUCCUUUAUGGUCUGUGGAGUCCUUUAUGCUACCAGAUCUGUAGAUAUUAAGACGGAGGAAAUCUUUUACAUUUAUAACACACACACAAGACAGGAGAGUUAUGUUAGCAUUCCGUUUGAAAAGUUUCAAGAAAUGUAUGUUUACCUUGAUUACAAUCCCAUCGACCAGAAACUUUACAUGUAUAAUGAUGGAUAUUUUGUCAGCUAUCAUGUGUGGUUCCACCAGAAUAAGAACAAGGCACAGGUUCUAAUUUGAAUAAUGCUGAAAUGUGCACAAACCUGAAAUGUCCUGUACUGCAUUUCACGUCUUAUUAAUAAAAUAUUCUGAGCAGUA